GACAAAACAAUUUUGGUACAUGAUUCCCACCGGUCUAAAAUGAAUAGACACAAAGAACUGUAUGCAAAACAAUUUCAGCAUAAAGAAAACAAAUGGAGAGAUCUACUACACAAACGUUUUAUGGAAUCAAUGAAAUUGAAACGUACACAUUUUAUCGAUCACCUUCGAAACAUAUACAAUUCAGAACCAGAUAGUUUAACCGAUCAACUACUUCUACAAGAGAAAAGAGAACUUUUAAAAAGUUUGGUCUCAGGUAGUGAAGCGGAACAAUUAGAUCUGGAUAGUUUAAUCUUACUACAAGACAGAGUUCUAGAUGAAUUAUCUGUUGAAAUUGAGGAAUAUUUCAACCCAGAAUUUUGGAAUAAUACAAAUAGUAAUAAUAAUGGUGCAAAUCAAUUUCAUUUGCCAAAUGAAUCUAACAGUGAAAAUGUUCUUUGUCCUUUAUGUCGAAUUGGCUAUUUAUCUAUGAAUAGUACAAUUCUCACUUGUUCUUCAUGCAGUUUACAUCUAGAUACUCAAACUGAUAGUCUCAAUCUUACCACCAUAAAAAAUAGUUUAAUUGAUGCAGAAACAAAGCAUCAAGCUUCCGGUUGUUCCAAUACAUCACUACAUGCUUGGCUUAUUGAUCAAAAUACUAUUAAUUGUCAAUCACUUACACAAAAUGAUGACUCAAAUGUUAAUGACAUGCUUCACAAAUCAGCAGAAAUUGUCCAACUGUUAUGCGUUGGGUGCGACCAAUGUUCAUUCAUGGAAGUUGUUGUUUGAAACAAGUAGAUAAUUAAAGAAAUCGAAUUUUUAUUCCCAUUAUUUAUUUAUAUGUUUGUUGAAUGCAAUUAACGACUGAAAUUGAAUUACUUCGGACUGAUGAUGUUCUGUUCUUUCUUCCACGUUUUUUAUUAUUGUGGAUCAUCUUUGUAAUGACUGUUAUGGACACAUUUACAAGGUUGAUUCAUUUAUGAUGUGUGAAAAAAUAAGCUUUAUUCUUGAUAAUGAUGUUUUCAAGACUGUCGAUGAUACCUGUAUUCUACAAAAUGUUUACUUCGAAGUAAAUAAAAGGCAAAUCUGAA